AUCGCCUAAAAACAAAAUUAAACUAAAACCAGUGCCUUUAUUCGAUUUGAAAAUUCGCAUAGCGAAAUCUUUACUUUCUGUCUACAAUUGAAUUUGCCAAAGCGUAGAGAUGGACGUGGAAAAGCGCGUGAAGCGGAACAAGAACCCCAGGCAUGGUGCCAACUUCAUAUCUUCGAUGCUCUUCUUCUAUAUGUUCCCUAUUUUCUGGUCGAGCUGGAAGUACGGACUUAAAGAGGAGGAUCUGUUCGAGCCGCUGGAAGAGCACAGGUCUAACGUAGUCGGGGAUAAAUUGGAGACGGAAUGGAAGAAGCAGCAUAGGAAGCACAAGAAAUGGGCGCUGCACAUAGCGCUCUUCAGAGUUUUCGGUCUCGAAUUCAUGACGAUCGGCGUGCUGACGCUCAUCAAAGAAGUUGGCAUGAUUAUUUUCACUCCAAUUUUGAUCGGCAAAUUGGUGUCGUUCUUCGCCAAAGGACAGGUCGUGAUGUCGGACGAUGAGGCUUAUGUUUACGGCGGUCUGCUCAUCCUGUGCUUGGUAGUGGACAGACUGAUCACUCAUCCGACGAUGAUGUGGAUCAUGCACGUGGCUAUGAAGCUGAGGAUCUCUUGCAGCACUUUGAUCUACAGAAAGACGCUGAGAUUGAGCAGGGGAGCUCUCGGGAAAACUACGGUUGGUCAAUUAGUCAAUUUACUUUCGAACGAUGUGAGCAAAUUCGAUCAGGGUUUCGUGUUGGCCCAUUUCUGCUGGAUAGCACCCAUCCAAACGGCCGUUGGUACAUAUUUCCUGUAUAAGCAAAUCAAUGUAGCCGCGUUUCUAGGAGUCGCUUUUCUCUUGAUGUUUUUGCCACUUCAAAUGUGGUUGGGUAAAAGGACUUCGGUGCUUAGAUUGAGAACUGCGCUGAGGACGGACGAACGCGUGAGGCUGAUGAACGAAAUCAUAUCUGGUAUUCAAGUGAUCAAGAUGUAUACGUGGGAGAAGCCCUUCGCCAAAUUAGUUUCCUUAAUUAGAAAGAAAGAGAUCCAAUCGAUCCGACAGCACAAGUACUUGAUUGGGUUAACCUAUUCCUUCGAGACGUUCGUGUCUCGCGCCGCGAUCUUCAUUAGUUUAAUAGCCUACGUAAUGAUGGGGGAUAGCAUCGACGCGGAGAGGGUUUUUGCUAUCACGUCCAUCUACAAUGUGAUGAGAACUGUGAUUACUUUCCUAUUUUCUAUAAGUAUUUCUUCGAAUGCGGAGGUGAACGUGUCAAUAAAGAGGAUGCAGAAGUUCUUGAGCUACGAGGAGCUACCGGAGAGGAAUGUCGUUCCACCUAACGUGGUGCUCAAUGGCAAUGCGAACAUUAAGACUACUCCGCACGUUCUUCUCAAGAACGUGAGCGCGAAAUGGGAACAAGAAUCGGCUGAAUACAACCUGAAGGACCUGAACGUCGAAAUCAGGCAGAGUCAGCUGUUCGCUGUUAUUGGGCCUGUGGGGAGCGGUAAAAGCAGCUUGCUGAAUGUUAUACUUAAGGAAUUGCCUGUUAGCGAGGGAGUGAUGGAUCUGUCAGGGCGAAUUUCGUUUAGCGCUCAAGAACCUUGGUUGUUCUCUGGUAGCGUGCGACAGAACAUACUGUUCGGGGAGGAGAUGGACGAGGAGAGAUACAAGCAUGUUUGCAAAGUGUGUGCCUUAGAGUCAGAUUUUGACUUGUUGCCUUACGGGGAUAAGACUUUGGUCGGUGAGAAGGGUAAGGCCCUAAGUGGAGGGCAAAAAGCGCGCGUUAACUUGGCCAGGUGCGUUUACAAAAAGGCCGAUAUUUACCUACUGGAUGAUCCUCUUUCCGCGGUCGACGCGAACGUCGGAAAGCAGCUGUACAAGGAGUGCAUCAAGGGUUAUCUGAGCAAUAAGAUCUGCAUUCUGAUCACGCAUCAGCUGCAGUAUUUGAAGAACGCCGAUCGGAUUCUAAUAUUGAAAGAAGGAAACGUUGGUGGUCAAGGGACUUACAAGGAGCUUCAAUCGAGCGGUUUGGAUUUCGCGAAGCUACUCGAGGAGUUCCAGGACGAUGAGAACGUCGAGAAGAAACGGGUGAAAUCUCGUCAGAACUCUGAAGCAUCCGAGGUUACUUUGGAGGAGGCAGACGAAGAUAGCGAAAGCGAUGACGAGGGUCCGAGCGUUGAAAAGGAGAAAAUGGGAAGCGGAAGCAUCACCUUCGACACUUACUCAUCGUACUUCCGCGCCGGAGGAAAUUACUUCCUCGUGACCUUUUUAAUUGCCAGCUUCAUUUUCUCUCAAGCCUGCUCCAAUGCCAGCGACUAUUACAUAACUUACUGGGUCAACACGGAGCAGGAUAUGUCGGAGAAGAAUUACACUCAAUUAAGCCCCGAGAAGGAAAUAUCCAUUCGUUACCAAGUGAUUUACGAGUAUUCGGCUGUGAUGAUAGCGACAAUAAUUUUAGCGGUCUUCCACUGCAUUUUCUUCUUUAUAUUCUUCAUGCACGCCUCCAUCCAUCUGCACGACAACAUCUUCUCGCAGCUUCUGCAAGCCACCAUGAAAUUCUUCAACACGAAUCCGACUGGGAGGAUCCUGAACAGAUUCUCCAAAGAUCUCGGCAUCAUCGACGAAUACAUUCCGCUCGUUCUGUUCGACGUGCUUGAAGUUGGACUUCUUUUAAUCGGUACGAUAGUGCUUACCUCUAUAGUGAAUCCUUGGCUUUUGUUACCCGCUAUAGUUUUGAUGACGCUCUUCUACUUUAUGAGAGUCGUGUAUUUGAAGACGAGCAGGAGUGUGAAGAGAAUUGAGGGAGUCACGAGAAGUCCGAUCUUCGGACAGAUGACUGCCUCUAUGCACGGAUUGAGCACGAUCAGAGCAUUCAACGCCGAAAAAAUUCUGAUUAGAGAAUUUGACCAGUUUCAAGAUCUGCACAGUUCGGCUUGGUACCUGUUCAUAGCAUCGACGAGGGCGUUCGGAUUCUGGCUGGAUAUGAUCUGCAUUAUAUUCAUUUCGUUGAUUAUUAUGACUCUUCUGCUGCUGAACAAAGAUAUGCAUGGAGGAGAUAUGGGUCUGAUUAUAACCCAGUACAUGGGAUUAAUGGGUUCGCUGCAAUGGGGGAUGAGACAGUGGAGCGAGCUGGAGAAUCAAAUGACGUCGGUGGAGAGGAUUUUGGAUUACACGAAAUUGGAGAAUGAGCCGGAGAGGGAAUCCAAAGCUUUGCCGGAUAAUUGGCCGAGGCAUGGAAAGUUGACCUUUAAAAAUCUCAGCAUGAGGUACAAUCCGGAAGAUGCGCCUGUAUUGAAAGAUCUAUCGUUCACGAUCAAUCCGGGAGAGAAAAUUGGAAUUGUCGGAAGAACGGGCGCCGGAAAGUCCUCGAUUAUCGUGGCACUGUUCCAGCUUUACCCGGUGGAAGGAUCGAUCUUGAUCGACGACGUUGAUACCACCGCGUUACCAUUAGACACGUUGCGUUCAAAAAUAGCUAUAAUCCCGCAAGAACCCGUUCUAUUUUCCGGAACGAUGAGGAAGAAUCUGGAUCCGUUCGACGAAUAUCCCGAUAACAUCCUGUGGGACGCUCUGGAGCAGGUGGAACUCAAAGAGGUCAUCGCCGAAAUGCCUUCCAGUCUGAGCACGAACAUCUCGGAAGGUGGCACGAAUUUCAGCGUCGGCCAGCGUCAGCUGGUGUGUCUCGCCAGGGCUAUAAUUAGGAACAAUAGAAUCCUCGUUUUGGACGAGGCCACUGCCAAUGUCGACCCUCACACCGAUUCGCUCAUUCAGAAAACGAUCAGAAAGAAGUUCGCCGACUGCACCGUGCUCACAAUAGCGCACAGAUUGCACACGGUCAUGGAUUCGAACAAGAUCCUCGUGAUGAACGCCGGCACAAUGGUCGAGUUCAACCAUCCUUACAUCCUGCUGCAAAAGGAUGGCGGCAUCCUCAAGGAUAUGGUCGAAACUACAGGAACAUCGGCUGCCAAAAACCUUAGGAACAUUGCCGAGAAGAGUCACGAAGAGACCAAAUCAAAAUGAUUUAGGAAUCGAGCUGCAGAAACAAAUCGAUGCAUACACAUAUAAAUUAUACGGAGAGAAAGAGGGAGCGAGAGAACAGGGGAAAUGUGAUAUUAAUUAUCUGAAUUUUUAUGUACAAUUUAGGGUAAAAUGCUGUUGCUGCUGGUUUUGCAUGAGGUCGUCGAAUGAUGGAGGAGUAGAGGAAUGUCCGCCUUGAACAUUUUUUUUAUACAUAUAAAAACGCACAUGUGAUUCGUCGAGUCAUUGCCUUCAUAUUUUUUUUUACCAAUUACGUCAGAACGAACGUAACAAGGAAAAGUCUACUUACCAAUAUAAAUUACCGAGAUUUCUAAACGAUAUAUACAUAUAUUUUUUGUAAUAAA